AUGUCUGGUUAUUUGCCUGAAGAAGUGAUGCAAGAGAUCCUCCUCAGACUCCCCACACGAACCUUGUUAAAAUGCACAAGUGUGUGUAAGUCUUGGUACUCUCUCAUAAAGAGCCGUGCUUUCAUUGCCGAUCACCGAGAUCGAUCUAUUUUUUUAGCCAAACAUGAUCCUGUUUACCUUCUGCGCACUUUCUCAAGAGAGGGGAAGAGAAAAGAAAUCGCAAGGCACACAUUGGCUUUCAUCAUUUGGAACCCGUUGAUUAAAAAAUAUUCAUAUGUCGAACCAAGAAUUCAUGGCCCUACAUACUCCUUUAUUGGUUUUGGCUAUGAUCACCUCAGAGAUGACUACAAGUUGAUGAGGAUGGCCAAUUUUAUUGGGUUGGAUGCUUGCGAGAAGGAUAUUCCAAGGGUAGAACUUUACUUGCUUAAUGAGGGUUCAUGGAGGAGUAUUGCACAUGAAGCUGAAAGAUAUAUGAGUUUUGAGAUUCUUUCACCAGCUUUUGUCAAUGGAGUUCUCCAUUGGACAGCUUUUGAGAUUCGAGAUCAGGAUGGUGGGGAGGAAAGUUCUGAUACUUACAAUUUUGUUUUAGGAUUUGAUAUGAUUGAUGAAGCAUUCUGCAAGAUUUUGUUGCCUAGUAGUUUGGUUAAUUUAAUGCCAGUAUUUUUGUCUGUUUUAGCAUACAAAGAAUCAUCCAUUGCGUUGUGUCAGACUAGUUUUAAUUCUGAACUGAUUCAUGUUUGGGUGAUGAAGGAGUAUGGGGUGGUGGAAUCAUGGAUCAUGAUUUCACUUAUUAUAACUCCACAAGUUGAGGAUAUACCUAGAGCAUUGACAUUCAGGAAGGAGGGACUUUUAUUGGAACUAAAUCAUGGGUGGAUAUUUUCAUGGGACCCGUCGAGACAGCUACUUGGUGACCUAGCUCUCUGGGGGGAACCAAUGAAGACAUUUGUUGGAUCCUAUGUGGAAAGCCUAGUACUACUUGACAGAGCAAAUGCAACAAGUUAUGGAAAUGAUUCAAAUGCUCAAGAAGCAAGCGAGGCAGCCUCUGAGCUAAGUCGUAUUUCACAGCUCUCAAAAAGGCGAAGGUUCCCUAUCUAG